AUGAACGACUUUGGAAAGAUUCCGUUGACGAGGAUGGAGGAUUGCAUGAACCUCUGCGCGGCGCUCGCCGUCACGACGCAGAGCGUCGACGGGCCGUGUGUCGGCGUCGCGUGGGUCACAGCAGGGAAGCAGGGAACAGAUGAGAACUACUGUUGGCUCAAGGGCGCCCAGGGCUCGCCAGAUCCAAAGGCUAAUGUUGAGGCAGCAUGGAUUGUCAGGUAG